AUGAAAAAAGUAGAUCAGGAAACUCAAUCGUCCUUCAUAGAUGGUGAUGAGCCUCCGCCACCGCCAGCGAAGGAACCGCCCAAGGAUACUCCACCGCCCAAGGAAACACCACCGCCAAUUCCACAGUCGAACAAACAGCCAGACGAAGCGCCGGACAAACCCCAUCAGGGGCCUCCAGAUCCUGAGCCCAUCCUAGGUCCAAGGGUUAGGCCAUCCAGAUACAUUACAACCACCGAGGAUGACAAAAAUUCGGGCUUCGAGCAGAUAGCCGUCUGCCUGUCAUUGUUGCUUGUGGUCAUCACAUUUCCCCUGUCGAUCUUCUUGUGCCUGAUUGUGGUAAGGGAGAACCAUCGGGUGCUGAUCUUCCGACUGGGUCGCGUCAGGAAGGGCGUCAGGGGCCCUGGCCUCGUGUGGACUCUGCCGUGCAUCGACUCCUAUGUCAAGGUAGAUCUACGCACCUUUUCGACCGAGGUGCCCUCUCAGGACAUCCUCACCAGAGACUCGGUGACGAUUUCCGUUGACGCAGUUCUGUACUUCUGCAUCAAAGAUCCCAUGGAUGCCCUCAUUCAGGUGGAUGAUGCCCGGGAGGCUACCGUGUUGAUAGCCCAGACCACACUGCGGCACAUAGUCGGUGCCAAGCCGCUCCAUACCCUUCUCACCUCGAGAGACACCCUUUCCAAGGAGAUCCAGGUUGCCGUCGAUGAUAUCACGGAACGAUGGGGAGUGCGAGUGGAGAGAGUGGACGUGAUGGACAUCAGUCUACCACUUUCUAUGCAGCGAUCAUUGGCCAGUGAGGCAGAGGCAAUUAGGGAGGCGCGGGCCAAGAUCAUUUCAGCCGAGGGCGAGCUGAAUGCCUCGCAGGCUCUGAAGGAGGCAUCCGAUGUGAUGUCCCAGAACAAGAUCACCCUGCAGCUAAGGCAUCUACAAAUUCUUACCUCGAUUGCCGCAGAGCGCCGUUGCUGUAUCCUUUACCCCUUCCCCAUGGAAAUAAUGACGCCCUUCAUGGACGAGGGCGGUGGUGGUGGAGGACGAGCCCGCGGGGGUACUGGUGAUCCCGGCGGCAAGAGGCGGGAGAGUAUUCUGACCAAUUUUUUCUUCGGAAGCAAAUCCGAAGCCGAUUCGAAUGUAAAUUCAACAGCGGUGCCAAAGGCAGAUGACGCACCCAAAGAGGCGGAUUUAUGACCGAAUCCGAAACAUUCGAACGACACCGAACCGUUGGCGAACCUGGCGUUUAUGGACGUCCUAAGCUAUCAGCAAUUCCUGCAAAAUCGUCGAUAAUCAGGCCCUGGGCCUGGGCUGGCAGACAAUGUCCCGGCAGCGGGACAAUGACAGGGCCAAGCGUGAAAUAAGCAACAGUCACGUCAGCUCCGGGAGCCACAGACUUGAUUGAAGGGCAUUAUCCUUGUUCCUUGUUGUGCUCCCUGGGCCAAGGUCCCCAUGGUCUCCAUCACAAACACUGGAACGACAUUGACACUGGUAUUCGCUGGCCUCAAAGCAUUUUUUACGAUAAAAAAUAGCUGCAUAUUUGGUCCUUUAUAUUCUUGCUGGAGAGGCAAUUUAUCUCUUUUAAUAAAUUGGAAGAUUUCUGUCGAUAUUUCAAUGACGGACAACGGUGGAAAACAUUUUGUUAAAUUGCUCC